UAUCUUAUACAGGUGGGUAUUGAUGACUUUGCCCAAGUCCAAGAGUCUCUGUGGGAGGCCAGAUCAAAAUGGCACAACCUUGGGACCCGACUCAAACUGGGGGUCUUUGAUCUUGAUUGCAUCAUUCUGAGCCAGGGUUUGGUAUGGAUGACAGUUCAACCUCAUGAUCAAAGGACCAGGUUGAAGAGGAUGGAGCCAUGCACCUGGAGAGAUCUCUACGAUGCUCUUAAUCAUCCUACUGUUAAUAUGCCCAGUGUUGCUAACAAACUUGCAGUGAAGUUACCAAUUGGUAUGUGUAAGUAGGUAAUGUUCAUGUGUUGUUACUUAUUAAGUUAUUUCAUUCAUUACACAGUUGUGACAAAACCAGCAGAGCGAAGUGCAGACUAUAAUAGAUAAAGAAAUCACCGAGACGAGAGAAAAGAUCGAUCAGUUACAGAAAGAAUACAUCGAUAUCUCCGUUUGUGCUGCUGAAGAGUUUAGCAGUAGUGUUGCAGUAAAAAACCUACGCUACUCCCUCCUCUGCCUUCCGCUAAUCUCAAAAAAGAGCACAAAAGGUUCCUUCGGGAAGCAAAAGCUGAAUCAAAGAAGCUGAAUCAACCGAUGAAGUAAUGUAUAUUAUUGGGGGAGCACCAUCACUACCUCCACUACCCCUGUUGAAGUAUGUCAUAGAUCUCUAUGGAAGUGCUAAUCUGAAAGAAAAAAUAGCAGAUUAUGCAAAGCAGGUGGAAAUUUUAGAAAAGAAACAAGGCUCGAAGUGUUUUCACAAGUUUGCGCUGAUGAGCCAGAAGAUAUCAACGGAAGGUUCACCACGAUGGUUAGCAAGCACCAAAUGGACUGGAGAACCGCUACACUGGAAGAUGUUGAGAAGUUUCGCAUUCAAGUCUGCCGGGAGCUGUCCUUGUAUGACUUCUCCCUCAACCUCGUGAAAGUGGCUCGAGGGUGUGUGGAGGUGACAUGGCGGGUUCCUCGUUCUCUGGUGACCUACAUCCAGAACUCUGUCAAGCCCAGCAGUCAGAGCAUGAUGGAGCAUCACGUCACCACUCUCACCAUUGACGGAUUCAUCGUCUACGACUCCUCUUUCGCCAUGCAGUUGGAGUGGAAGGUGAUUCGACUAGGGCUUCAGGCUAUUGAUACCAAUUACAGCUACCUGUUGGAGGAGAUGUCACCAGAUGAAGUAGUUCCACACCUGGACAGUUACAUGUUUCAGAGAGACUCCGUAACAAGUCUCCUGAAGGGUGAGGCAGUCUCCCACCAACAAGAGGAAGAUGAAGUCAUGAUCUCUGGAGAGUCAAGUACCCAGCCCUCUCCUCCUCCUCCAGAUAGCCACCUCGUCACUGCUCAAUUGGAGGGUUCUACCCUCACAAGAGCACAGUACAACACCAUACACAGCCUCACCAGCUCCCUACUCUGUAUCCCCACUGGUGAUCUGGUGUAUGAUGGCCACACCCUCAAUCCUCUCACUCUUCACUGGCACUACUGUUAUUGGAGGGUAUUAGAAAAUUCUUGUGAAUGGAGAGAGAUUAUCAUUCUUCAUUUAAAUGAGAUCGGUCUUCUCAAUGCUGCAUAUGAUGGGGAUAUAAAGUCAUUGGAUUAUGCUCUGGGAGCUGGAGUGCCAGUUGAUUGUCGGAUUAGUAAUGGGAAGAGUUCACUGAUGUAUGCAUCUCUGAAUGGACAUGCGGAGGUGGUGGACAAGUUAUUACAACAUGGAGCCACAGUAGACCUACAAAAAGAGAAUGGGUGGAGUUCACUGAUGGUGGCAUCUGGAAAUGGACAUGUGGAGGUGGUGGACAAGUUAUUACAACAUGGAGCCACAGUAGACCUGCAAAAAGAGAAUGGGUGGAGUUCACUGAUGGCUGCAUCUCGGAAUGGACAUGUGGAGGUGGUGGACAAGUUAUUACAACAUGGAGCCACAGUAGACCUGCAAAAAGAGUUUGGACAGACUCCACUGCUGUUGGCUGUAAGAAAGAACAAUGUGGCAAUGGUCAAGGAAUUGAUAUGGGCAGGAGUUGAUGUUAACAAAUUGGAGCAGGAAGGACUUUCUGCUUUGAUGAUGUGUUGUGAUGAUGGAAAUUCAAAGAUGGCAAAACUGCUACUUGGUUAUCAGGCUAAUCCUGACCUCCAGCAAUCAGAAACUGGAUACACAGCUCUGAUGUUUGCCUGCAAGUGUGGUCAUCUAGACACAGUAAUGGUUCUCAUGGAACACGGAGCCGAUGCAAAGAUUAGGAAUGUGGAGGAGGGCAUCACAGCAUCUGAUGUGGCAUCAGCCAAUGAAUUUUGGGAUUUGUGUGCCGUAAUUGAACUAAUGGAGCCACAAGCUACAGCUGAUAUCAUAGAGCACCCUGACACCUCUCUGAUGAAAGAAACAGUGGAUGAAGUGGUCAAAAGUAAGUUUACCACGAUGGUUAGUAAGCACCAAAUGGACUGGAGAACCGCUACACUGGAAGAUGUUGAGAAGUUUCGCAUUCAAGUCUGCCGGGAGCUGUCCUUGUAUGACUUCUCCCUCAACCUCGUGAAAGUGGCUCGAGGGUGUGUGGAGGUGACAUGGCGGGUUCCUCGUUCUCUGGUGACCUACAUCCAGAACUCUGUCAAGCCCAGCAGUCAGAGCAUGAUGGAGCAUCACGUCACCACUCUCACCAUUGACGGAUUCAUCGUCUACGACUCCUCUUUCGCCAUGCAGUUGGAGUGGAAGGUGAUUCGACUAGGGCUUCAGGCUAUUGAUACCAAUUAUAGCUACCUGUUGGAGGAGAUGUCACCAGAUGAAGUAGUUCCACACCUGGUACAACGAAGGCUGCUGACACAGCCACAAGGAGAAGAAGUUUGGGCAAAGAGCAGUCAACUAGAGAAAGUACAUAUAAUAGUAGAGGCACUCCGAGAUGCUGAUAAUAUAGUUGUGGGGAUGUUCCCAACAUUCUGUAUGGCUUUGGCUAAUGCAGGACAGUUACAUGUUUCAGAGAGACUCCGUAACAGUGAGUUCCUAAAACACUAUACAUACAUCAGUCAAGGUCCUUCAUUCUCAGAGUUCCAGAGUCUCCUGAAGGGUGAGGCAGUCUCCCACCAACAAGAGGAAGAUGAAGUCAUGAUCUCUGGAGAGUCAAGUACCCAGCCCUCUCCUCCUCCUCCAGAUAGCCGCCUCUUCACUGCUCAAUUGGAGGGUUCUACCCUCACAAGAGCACAGUACAACACCAUACACAGCCUCACCAGCUCCCUACUCCGUAUCCCCACUGGUGAUCUGGUGUAUGAUGGCCACACCCUCAAUCCACUCACUCUUCACUGGCACUACUAUGCUUUUGUUGACGAGGGUAUUAGAAAAAUUCUUGUGAAUGGAGAGGAGAUUAUCAUUCUUCAUUUAAAUGAGAUCGGUCUUCUCAAUGCUGCUUGGGAUGGGGAUAAAGAGUCAUUGGAUUGUGCUCUGGGAGCUGGAGUGCCAGUUGAUUGUCAGAUUAUUGUAAGUCUGGUGUGUAAAUGUGAGUCAUUCUAA